AAAACUAGUUACAAUAGAGAAUUGGGUUAUUCGGUAAAAAUCGUUUGCGACAAUUUGUUCAGAACUGCCACAAAAAAUAUCUUCACGACGCAGCUCGAAAAUAUUUUAAUAAAAUUAGUCACAGCAGCUGAAAUGGAUUUUGCAGAAUAUCGUCAAAGAGGUAAAGAAAUGGUUGAUUACAUUGCUGACUAUUUGGAGAACAUUCGAGAUCGUCGUGUUUUCCCCGACGUUAAGCCAGGAUAUAUGAGAAGUAUGCUACCGGAAUCGGCGCCAAUCGAAGGUGAAAAUUGGGAAACAAUAUUUGGUGAUGUGGAACGAGUUGUAAUGCCCGGUAUAACACAUUGGCAAAGUCCACAUAUGCAUGCAUAUUUUCCAGCCUUAAAUUCAUUUCCCUCUCUACUCGGCGAUAUGUUAGCCGAUGCAAUUAACUGUUUGGGUUUUACAUGGGCCAGUUCGCCAGCUUGUACAGAACUCGAAAUAAUUGUUAUGAAUUGGUUGGGAAAGAUGAUUGGCUUACCAGAUGAUUUCCUACAUUUACAUAAUAAUAGCAAAGGUGGAGGCGUUAUUCAAACAACAGCAAGUGAGUCGACAUUGGUUUGCUUACUGGCAGGCAGAACGCGGGCUAUACAGCGUUACCAUGAGAAAAAUCCUGGCUAUCAGGAUGCAGAAAUCAAUGCACAACUUGUUGCCUAUUGCUCAGAUCAAGCGCAUUCCAGUGUUGAGAAAGCUGCUUUGAUUGGUCUUGUGCGUAUGCGUUUUGUUGAAGCUGACGAAAAUCUUGCGAUGCGUGGUCAACAUUUACGCGAAGCUGUAGCGGAUGACAUUAAACAGGGCUUAGUGCCCUUCUGGGUCUGCGCUACACUUGGUACUACCGGUUCCUGCUCUUUUGAUAAUCUAGAUGAGAUUGGAGUCGUAUGUCGCGAAUAUAAUAUGUGGCUACAUGUCGAUGCUGCCUAUGCUGGAAGUGCUUUUAUCUGUCCAGAAUUUCGUACUUGGCUUAAAGGUAUAGAGUAUGUGGACUCAAUAGCAUUUAAUCCUUCAAAGUGGUUAAUGAUACAUUUUGACGCAACUGCAUUAUGGAUAAAGGACAGCACGGCAGUUCAUCGCACAUUUAAUGUAGAACCUUUGUACUUACAACAUGAAAAUUCCGGUGUGUCUGUUGAUUAUAUGCAUUGGCAAAUUCCAUUGAGUCGUCGAUUUAGAGCACUUAAAAUUUGGUUCGUUCUACGUUCGUUUGGCAUUAAAGGCUUACAACGUCACAUACGUGAAGGUGUCCGCUUAGCGCAGAAAUUUGAGGCAUUGGUCUUAGCAGACCACCGUUUCGAGAUACCAGCCAAAAGAUAUUUGGGCUUAGUAGUUUUUCGUAUUAAGGGAGACAAUGAAAUAACUGAGCGAUUAUUAAAACGUUUAAACCACCGUGGAUUUCUGCACUGUAUACCAUCCUCACUAAAAGGUAAAUAUGUCAUUCGAUUCACAGUCACCUCGACGCACACAACUGUUGAUGAUAUACUCAAGGAUUGGAAUGAAAUAAGACGAGUGGCUUCCAUUAUAUUAGAUGAAAUGAAUAUAACAAUAAUGAAUAAGAAUAAAGUAUACUUAAAAGGUAAAUGUAAUUACAAAUAUUUAGUAAAUAUUUAUUACUUUCCAUUCCUUAAAGACACCAAAGACAAGAGUGAAGCAUUUGGUUCAAGUCUUUUGCUUUCUAAUUCUCCAAUGUCUCCAAAAAUAGUGAAUGGUUCUUUUGCCGCGAUAUUUGACGCUGAUGAGUUUCUAGCAAAAACCUAUGCUGGCAUCAGAAUAGCUCAUCAGGAAUCGCCUUCAAUGCGCAGGAGAGUUCGAGGAAUUCUAAUGUCUGGUAAGCAGUUCUCUUUAGAUUCGCAUAUGGAUGUAGUUGUACAAACAACUUUGGACUCAAACGUAACAGACAGUAAAGUUGACUCGUAUGGUAAAACCAUACCGAAUCGUAGAAAUAUAGAAACACAACCCAUAAGUGAAGUGUAUGAAGAAUCAGUGGAAGGUAUGAAACAAAGGUUAUGAACGGUUCGAAGUACAAAAUCCAACGACGAAAAAUAAAUGCUUUUCUUUGCAACUCACACCCUAC